GUUGAAUUUACAUGUUACGUAACUGGUUACAUAUUCUGCAUGAAAACGAACUCUCGCUCUUAUCAUGAAGUUUGUGCUUUAUCAUCGGCUUCGGGAUCUCCACUUCCCGCAGUCCCUGCUGACAAUUCCCUCCUUCACCAGCUCAAUUCUCUCUGUCACUGAUCAAUUGCUCAAUCAUCGCUAUGGCUGAUACUACAACUCCUUUGAAGGCAAAAUACAAGAAGCUCGGAAACAGUGGACUGCGUCUUUCUGUCCCGAUCUUGGGAUGCAUGAGCUUUGGUUUCAAGGAAUGGCAACCCUGGGUGCUUGAAAGAGAGGAUGCUCUUCCUAUCCUGAAGGCUGCCUACGACAUGGGCGUCACCACCUGGGACACCGCCAACAACUACUCCCACGGCGAGUCCGAGCGCAUCAUUGCGGCCGCGAUCAAGAAAUACAACAUUCCCCGCAAGAAACUCCAGAUCCUGACGAAAUGCUACAUGUACGUCGACGAGGAGAAUCCCCGCACGCCCUUCGUCAUGCCCGAUCCGUCUACCGAUACCGAGUACUCCAACCGCAUGGCCCUUUCCCGUGCCGCUAUCUUCGAACAGGUCGAGGCUAGCUUGGCGCGUUUGGAAACCGACUAUAUCGAUAUCCUGCAGAUCCACCGAUUCGACUACACCACUCCGAUCGAAGAGACAAUGUGUGCGCUCCACGACCUGGUGCAGUCUGGCAAAGUCCGCUACAUCGGCGCGAGCAGCAUGUACGCCUUCCAGUUCGUCAUGAUGCAGGAAUGCGCCGCCCGCAACGGCUGGACGAAAUUCAUCUCGAUGCAGAACCAAUACAGCCUGCUCUACCGCGAAGAAGAGCGCGAGAUGAUCCAGUACUGCAACCUCACCGGCGUCGGCAUUAUUCCCUGGGGCCCGCUCACCGCCGGUGCGCUCGCCAAGCCGCCUACCACCACCACCGACCGCUCCGCAAACAUCAAGACUCUGGCCGCUGCUUCCCCGCUGUUCUACGACCAAACGGCAGGUGAACCCUCGCAGGCCAUCAUUUCUCGCGUGCAGGAGACGGCGGAGAAGAAGGGCAUUACUAUGGCGGAAGUUUCGCUUGCUUGGGUCAUGGCGAGAGUCUCGAGCCCGAUCGUGGGUAUCAGCUCUCCCAAGCGCCUGGAGGAAGUCAUCUCCGCAAGCUACAAAUCUUUGACUGAGGAGGAGUCAAAGUACUUGGAGGAGCCGUAUGUUGGCAAGCCUGUUUACGGUUUCGUUUAGACUAGAGAUACUCUGCUGUUUGUACAAGGAAACUAACUCUACGCAUCUAUAUGAAUGACAUCUUGAAUCUCAAUUUUGAACUUUAGAACUAGUAGUUCUC